GAUGAGUGGUUUGAUGCAAAAGUCCAACUAGUGAUUUAUCUAAAAGAAUGUAAAGCACAAGGAAAAAAUAUAUUUAAUGUUGUUAAUUGGAGCCAAUUUCUCAGUGAUCAUAUUAGUUUUAAAGACAAAAAUA